AUGUGCUCCCAUUCUAGCAACAAACAGCAAUGCAGCUUGCCAUAUGGAGCCAAAAUUGCAAAUAAUAAAGAAAAUGACCCACUCGGUGCAGAGGGGAGCACUAGUUCACCCUCUUCUAACUUGUCUCCCAGGGAAAAAGAGGAGUCACAUGGCACUGCACCGCCGAUCAAUGGCGUCAUACCUAGUGAUUUUCCCGUGAAAGAUCAUGUCUCCAUCUUCGAAACUUCCAAUCUCCACCCUGCACCUUCCGCUUUGGUUCAUACUGAAGUUGGAGAUUAUCCUCCUAUACAGAACUUUGAGGACGCCAACUACAUUUGCAUUUUGGAAUCGUCAAAAUUGUGGGCCAUUGCAGCUCCUAUAGCAUUUAAUAUUCUCUGCAUUUAUGGUGUUAACUCCUUCACCAAUAUCUUCGUUGUUCACCUUGGAGAUAUUGAGCUAUCUGCUGUUGCAAUUGCUCUCUCUGUCAUUAUUUUUGUCUUGGAUUGGUUUUGCAGCUCUAAUUUCACAUAUUGGGGUACUUUAUCUCUGCAUUGUUGAAUUCAAGUGGGGUUUGGCUGGUGCUGCUGCAACCUAUGAUGUCUCCGCUUGGGGGAUUGCUUUGGCUCAGGUGGUUUAUGUGGUUGGAUGGUCCAAGGAUGGCGGGACUGGUCUGUCUUGGUUGGCCUUCAAGGAAAUUUGGGGAUUUGCAAGACUCUCUAUAGCUUCAGUUGUGAUGAUUUGCCUUGAGAUUUGGUAUUUUAUGACCAUAAUUGUUCUCACUGGACAUCUUGAAGAUCCUUUUAUUGCUGUUGGCUCCCUUUCUAUCUGGUCUAUUCCUCAGAAACAGUCUUAACAUUCUUAUUGCAGAAUUUAUUUAUCCGUGUUGAACUUAACAUGCUUUUUUUUUUUUUUCCUGUCACAGCAUGAACAUCAAUGGUUGGGAAGGCAUGCUAUUUCUUGGAAUCAAUGCAGCUAAGAUUAAAAAUAAAAAAAAAAAAAUAGAAAAUCUGUUUUCCUUUCUCAUUCUUGUUUUUAGAUGUUCCUUCUCAAGAACAUCCUUUAUUGAAUUGAAAUUGCCUUGUGAGUGCCAGUGUUCGAGUCUCUAAUGAGCUGGGAUCAGGACAUCCAAGAGCUGCAAAAUAGUCGGUGGUUGUCACAUGCGCGGAGUCUCUCCUCAUAGGGAUAUUUUGCGCAGGCAUUAUUUUGAUAACUAAAUACGAGUUCUCCAUCAUCUUUACUGAUAGCUUAGAGACGAGGAAAGCAGUUUCUAAGUUGGCUUACCUUCCAUGUUCUGGGUAUUACAAUGAUGCUCAAUAGUGUUCAGCCAGUAAUAUCUGGUACUUAAAAAAACUUCCACUUUCAUUGUGGCACCAAGACAAACACAUCAUGGGUUCCUCUUAAGGUAGAGUUAUUAAAUAAUAGUUGAUGAAAUAAUCUUGGGAACAUCAAUGGCAGGAGUUGCUGUUGAAGGAGGCUGGCCAGGUCUGCUAGCUCUUGUUUUGUUAUAAUUUAUUUAUCGAUAUUUAG